AUGGAGUUCAGUCUAACUGCUGCCGUUUGCCUGCUGAUCAUCACAAGAUACACGGUUAACUCAACACAUCCAGAAUGUGCCAUCAUUCUUCAUCUGCAAAAGAAAGAAAAUGAGUGUAAAGUCGAAAUGGAGACCAGUGCUGCGGCAUCACUUCUGUCAAGCAAUAACAAAAAUGCAGGUUGUGGGAUGGAGUGGGAUGGAGUGAGUUGCUGGCCAGCUGCCUCUGAAGGAGACAUCAUCUCUGUUCACUGUCCUCUGCCACUGCUGAAGCCUGAAACUCCUCCAGCUCUCAUCACCAGGAACUGCACAGUCCAAGGAUGGAGUAAACCAAACCUGCCGUAUUACAAAGCCUGUUACUAUGAAGCUUAUGAGCAGGAUGAAGACUGAUAAAUAUUUCAUGUUUUGCUCCAGAAAAAUUACUUUGAUGCUCUGAAGAUGAUGUACAGUGUUGGUUAUGGAGUCUCUUUGGCUGCUCUCCUCAUCGCUGUUGUGGUUUUCUGCUGCUUCAGGAAGCUGCUCUGCACCCGCAACUACAUCCACCUCAACCUGUUCGUGUCCUUCAUGCUCAGAAGUCUCGCUGUGUUCAUCAAAGAUGCAGUGUUGUUUGCAGACAAAAGCAUGGACCACUGCACAGUGUCCACACUCCAGUGUAAAGCAGCAGUGACCUUCUUCCAUUUCUGUGUUCUGUCCAACUUCUCCUGGCUGCUAGUGGAGGGUUUGUACCUGCAGAGUCUGCUGCUGUUUGCCUUCACUCAAACCAGGAAGCUGUUCUGGAUCUACGCUGUCAUCGGCUGGGGUGCUCCGACAGUCACUGUUGUAAUGUGGGCCCUGCUGAAAAACAGCUCUGACGAUGAGGGGUGUUGGGACAACCUGGAGAGUCACCUGUGGUGGAUAAUAAAGAUUCCCAUCCUGCUCUCCAUCUUUAUAAACUUUCUAAUCUUCCUGAACAUCAGUCGGAUCAUCAUUCAGAAGACAAAGGCCACGCAUAUAAACCAGAGGGAGACACAGCCAUACAGGAGACUCGUUCACUCCACUCUUCUCCUCAUCCCUCUGUUCGGUGUCCACUACGUGGUGUUUGCCCUGUUCCCAGAACAUAUUGGUGUGGGACCUCGACUCUACUUGGAAUUAGUUUUAGGCUCCUUCCAGGGUUUUAUUGUUGCUGUGUUGUACUGCUUUCUGAAUGGAGAGACUACAGAGAUGACUGUCAAUGUGACACAGAAGUCCAAAGGCUGA